UCCUCUCUCCCUUCUCCUCUCGCUCUCUCACUCUGCCCAACCUUCUCCUCACAAACAUCUCACUCCCUCUCUUCCACCAAACGGCAAAACACAACACACACUUGCCAUCUACCUCUCACUCAUAUCAGCUACAGCUAUCAUCCCCACGCCCUCUUUCUUCCUGCACCCACCCCUGGCCCAUCCUUAGCGCCCGCUAUAUCCUUGUCUCCAUAUAUCUACCAUCAUCGCUCAUCACUCCCAUCGUUUUGUUCCACCUUUGUUACUGCUCAAGUCCUCCGACGCCCCGAUCCUGUCCAUCAUAUAUCCUCUUCGCCCAUACAUACCUCCAUCGCCUCCAGCUCUUACUCGUCCACUCUACUCUUCCAUCCACUAUGGGCGUCGGUGCUUUUGUCGAGCCACUCGUCGUGGUCACGCUUCUCUUUGGCGGUGCCUGGGUGAACCGCAAUACUUCUGUCCGAUUCAGUCUGAAGGCGCCAUCUUCUCGCCGCAACUCCUCUGACAACCUCGAAUCCGGCCUGCGGAGCCCAAACUCUGAAGAUGGUCUUCUCGAAGACCCGCAGAAUCGCCCCAUCUCACCUUCUUUGCUGCCAUCACAAGAGUCCAGGUAUCGCACAAGGAAGCUGAGGCUGUUUUCGUGGCAGAAAGAGGUCACUUCGCCAAAUACUCGCCUACACAAAAACACUUUCUUGAGCAGAGUGCUGCAGAAGCUUCCAUUCCUGGUUGAAGUUUGGUACUGGGCCUUGAUAUACUGGGUUUACCAGGUCGGCCGAGCCAUCACCGCUUUGACGCUCGUCGAAGGGACCGUCGAUGUGGCUCGUAAACAUGCCCUGCAAAUCAUCCAUUUGGAGAAGAAGCUGCACAUCUUCUGGGAGCUGCCGGUCCAGCAUUGGUUUCUGAAACAUCCACUGCUUAUGAUCUGGACCAACAGAAUCUACUCCUUCAUCCACAUCCCAGGCACCAUUCUCUUCCUCGUAUUCUUGUUCUAUUACACCACUACUUCUAACCGGAUCGACAGCCGACGGGAGCAUCGUGAUGGAAACAGGAUCAACGGCAGUCCCGCAGGCCCUCUCCUCUACGAAGCUCGGCGACGCACCAUGGCCGUCUGCAACCUGAUCGCCUUCAUCGUCUUUACUCUGUGGCCCUGCAUGCCGCCCCGUCUGCUGUCCGACAAGGAUGUCAAGGGACCGAUCGGCAAGGAAGCACGCAGCUACGGUUUCGUCGACACUGUGCAUGGUGAAGGUGGCGAAAGCAGUGUUUGGACACAGAACAAGUUCUGCAACCAAUACGCCGCCAUGCCUUCUCUCCACUUUGGCUACUCUCUGCUCAUUGGUCUGACCGUCAUGACCAUCCCUCUGGCGCCCCAGCAUCAACAAUCGCGGCACUUUAACUUUUCUGUCAGAUCGUACCCUCUGUCGACCAGCGUGCCGUCUGUUCGCCGAGUACUCUGCGUUCUAGUUGGCCUCGCAUAUCCUCUGACCAUUCUUCUCGCCAUCGUCGCCACGGCUAAUCACUUUGUGCUCGACGCCGUUGCCGGGGCCAUGGUCUGCGGCAUCGCCUGGUACUCGAAUGGCAUUCUCCUGAAUCUCGUACCGCUUGAGGAUUACUUCCUGUCGCUACUACGCAUUCACAAGCCAGAAAACGUGCCAGUGACAGCAGUCGAUGGUCUUGACGAUGAAGACGAUUACGCCGUUGGCAAGGGUGUUGUCGAGAGGUAGUAGUAGCAGCCCUGGCACAGGACUACUAUUAUUAUCAUUCUUGGUUUUUCGCCGACACGCAGUAUGCUAAUUCAUGAAGCCGUGUCGUCGAGGUCAGUUCGGACGUGGAGAGUAUAGCAGAUCCUCCUGCGAACCGACCGAGGUUGAGGAAGGCGAGGAGCGCGAGGAGUUACAAGCCGCAUCUAAUA